ACUAGAGCCCUGAAUGAGAAGAAAAUCCCGGCGUUGUGAAGAUUUGUAUAAAUACCGUAUUCGUGAAAAUGAGAACAUCAGUUGAUGAAGAAAUUUCAUCGGAAGUAGGCACUAGUAUUUGAAAAGCCCAACGGAAGAUAGCAACGUUAUCAUCCAAUAUGCAGUCUAUCUAUGUGUUAGUUUGCUUGGUAGCAGCAGUAACAGCCCAGGAAAUUGUACAGGCCGAGGUAGAAAAUAACAGCUAUCCAACCUGGUACGUGCACCCUGACCACCUAAGGUUCCGUCGGCAGCUGUCAGCUGAUCCCAGAACUGGUGACGUCAGUUACCACCACGCGAUCUCAGACAGGGGGCAUGUCUUCGGCACCCUUGGUUCUAGGGGUGACUCCGCUUUUGGGAAAGCCGGGUACAAGCAUAACGUCUUCAACGAUGGCCGUGGCAAGCUGGACGCGACCGGGUACGGAACCCACGCCAUCAGUCCGUACGGCUCAUCCAACCACUUCGGUGGCCGGGUGGAUUACACCGGCGCACAUUCGAAAGCAUCUCUGGAUGUUAGCAAACAGAUUCAUGGCAUGACUUCGGUUGACGCGGCCGCAGGAGGUAGAUGGCCUAUCGGCAAAAAUGGGGAUUUCAGUUUACAGGGAACCUACAAUAGAAUAGGUCGUUUCCAAGACUACGGAGCGAGGGCUGGAUUGAACUAUCGGUUUUAAGUUAAACAUACAUACAUAUAAUCACGUCUAUAUCCCUUGCGGGGUAGACAGAGCCAACAGUCCUAAGCGGACUGAUAUGCCACGUUCAGCUAUUUGCCUUUAAGAUAGAAUUGAGAUUCGAAUAGUGACAAGUUGCUAGCCUAUCGCCUAAAAAAAGAAUCUUAAGUUUGUAAGCCUAUCCCUUAGUUUCCUUUUACGACAUCCAUGGGAAAGAGAUGGAGUGGUCCUAUUCUUUUUUGUAUUGGUGCCGGGAACCACACGGCACUAAGUAAUUAAUGAUUAUAUAUUGUAUGAAUGAGAUAAUGAUUUAAUCAAUGAAUACCUAAAGAAUGGGAAUGACAUAAUUAUAGUGACACUAGCCCCUUAAAAAUAGGUCACAUUGCAGAUGUUAUGUUUUGUAAGAUAUUUAAAAGUUAAGGAACAACUUUACGAAGUUUCAAAAUGUAUACCUACCUAUCUAACUUUUGCAGUUGACUUUUCAUUCAUAUUCUUUCUUAUGAAAAGUCAGUUUUUAAACUUUUUGUUAAAUAUAGUAUUUAAGUGACAAGGUAAUCAAUAAAUUUUCUAAGUAUUCAC